GCGAGAGAGAGAGAGAGAGAGAGAGAGAAUCAUAUCAUACGUAGUUGAAUGAAUGUGCAUUGAAUAUUGAUCACAGGAAGGAGCGCGUUUCCAGAAAUCUGCCCCUUCCCAACUUUCCCUGUCGCCAUUCCAAAAUCCCAACAGCUGAUUUUGAUUCCCUUUUGCUCGCUCUGUUCAAUGUGCUUUUAAUUUCGUUGCAGCAGAUGCCUCCCCUCCCUUCCCACAACGGAAUCCUGACCGCCAUUAUUGCUCUGACCGAUCCGCUUGAUCUGCAUCCAUCCGCUUUUUCAAAUCGGCAGUUUUGAGAAAACCCAGAGUCGCGAUCGAUUGCAUCGGAUGGCCUGAUCGGACGGCUCUUCCGGAGGUGCGGUGGUUUUUAUUUUUUUGUGUGGUUCGAGUUCGAAACCAGACCAUUGGAAUGGUGAAGAUCAGCUAACAGACUCUGGUUGAUUCCUUAGCUCAUCGUAAGAAACUGAGAAAGAAAGGAGCGAGGAGUCGGGAAUUGCCAGUUUUAGGCCAUGGCUGGAAGAUUAAGAGGUAAUAACAGCAAUACUACAGCUGCAGCUAAUCUUCUCAACCCUCGUUUCCAAUAUACAGCCGAUGUAUCAAAUCAACCACCGUUAUGCAGAAACUUGCCAGCAGAAUUCCACACAGAUCCAGUGAAUUAUGGCGGAAAUACUCACCCCUCGACGUAUUCCCUCCUGCCAAAUAAACAAGUUUGGGAUGCUGAAGCUAUUCUGAGACAGAAGAACCUCCAGUUCUCCAUAAAUAAAAGGACAUUCAACAAUGAAAUCGACAGAAAAACUGGCCUUUUGAACCCGAAUCCUGUAUGCACUGGCUUACGCCUCUCGUACGACGAUGAUGAUGGGAGAAACUCCUCUCUCACUUCUGCAAGCGGAAGCCUCACAUCGGCAGUUUUUCCUUCUCUGACGAACGAAACUUUGCAGGAACUUGAUCAGCAGAGAGAAGAAUUCGAUCGCUUUAUUAGGUCCCAGGCUGAAAAUUUGGCGAAAGGGCUGAGAGAGAUAAAGCAGCGACACACGGCUUCUCUCCUGAAAAAUCUCGAGAAAACCGUCCUUACAAAGCUGCAAGAAAAGAAUGUCGAAUUGGAGAAUGUUACGUCAAGAAACAAAGAACUAGUCGAGAGCGUGAAGCACUUAACAGCCGAAGCACAAAGCUGGUCAUACAUGGCAAAGCACAACGAAUCGAUGGUCACCGCUCUGAAAACCAACCUUCAGCAGGCAAUGCAGCAGAAGUCGAACCGAGCAAGGGAAGGAGUCGGAGAUAGUCACGUCGACGACGCGGAAUCUUGCAUCGACCCAAACAAUUAUCUCAGCAGCUCUGCAGUUGGGUCUCGGAAAUGCAAACAUAAUGUGAUCUGCAGAUUGUGCAACGGAAACGAGGCGUCGAUCCUCGUCAUGCCUUGCAGGCACCUGUGCUUGUGUAGAGAAUGCAGGCAUUUCGUAAGCGAAUGCCCCGCCUGCCAGACGACGACGACGAGCAGCUUGGAGGUAUAUCUUUCGUGAAGAUCGAUCAAUUGAUUGAUCGUUCGAUUGAGCAAGUUAUAUCAAAGGUGAGUUGUGUUUGUAUUAAGUGCAUAUAAUUUUAUGAAUAAAAAGGUUUUUCGCUUACUGUUGGCUUUCGGUGUUUUGUCGACGAAAAGGGCGGAUUUUCUUAGGAUGAUAGCUGCUUCUUGUGUUCGUUCAUACGUACGGAUGUGUUGGAAAGUUGAUGAAACAUUUUUCAGUCU